AACGUCAAAAGCAAAAAGUUUGCUGUCAUUGUGCGGCAUCAGAAACAGUUUUUAUUUUCUCAAUUUCAAGUAAUAAAUUACCGACUUUUGUUGAAGUUUUAGUGAUAUUGUACCAAUAAUCUAGCAAAAUGGCACGUCGUUAUGAUACACGCACGACAAUAUUCUCGCCGGAAGGCCGGUUGUACCAGGUUGAGUAUGCCAUGGAAGCCAUCAGUCACGCUGGUACUUCACUAGGUAUUUUAGCCACAGAUGGCAUUCUCCUAGCUGCAGAAAGAAGAAACACAAACAAACUUCUUGAUGAAGUGUUUUUCUCAGAGAAAAUCUAUAAACUGAAUGAUGACAUGGUGUGUUCAGUGGCUGGUAUCACUUCAGACGCUAAUGUCCUCACAAAUGAACUGAGACUGAUUGCCCAGAGAUACCUGCUACAGUAUGGAGAGUCAAUUCCUUGUGAACAACUGGUUUCUUGGCUGUGUGAUGUGAAACAAGCCUACACACAGUAUGGAGGCAAACGGCCAUUCGGUGUGUCCAUCCUCUACAUGGGCUGGGACAAGCAUUACGGCUACCAGCUGUACCAGUCGGACCCCAGUGGUAACUAUGGUGGAUGGAAGGCCACUUGCAUUGGAAACAACAGUGCGGCUGCAGUUUCCAGUUUGAAGCAGGAGUACAAGGAGAAUGAGACAACCCUGGCUGAGGCUCAGGCACUCGCCAUCAAAGUCCUCAGCAAGACCUUAGACAUGACUAAGCUGACUCCGGAGAAAGUGGAAAUGGCGACCCUCACCCGCAAAGACAACAAGACCAUUAUCCGGGUGCUGACCAGCUCAGAGGUGGAGAAACUAAUCGCCGCCUUCGAGAAAAGCGAGGCAGAGGCCGAGGCCGCCAAGAAGCAGCUGCCCAAGUCGUAAUCUAAUGUAUUGUAUUGUAAGGAACCUUUAUUGGAACAUUAAAUAUUCUAUUUGGUA